CAGGAAAAGGGGGAAGAGGAAGGAGGAGGAGGUGUGGGGGAUUUGGGUUCGCCGAGUGUCCCGUGGUCCGGGCGCUGGGCAGCGGGAGAAAGCAAUGGGCAAGCGGGUGGCCGUGGUUCUCGCCGGCUGCGGCGUCUUCGACGGCAGCGAGAUUCAUGAGGCCUCGGCGGUGCUGGUGCAGCUGAGCCGCGGCGGCGCGGAGGUGAAGAUAUUUGCCCCCAAUAUUGAGCAGAGGGAUGUAGUCAAUCACCUAAAAGGAAGUCCAACAGAAGAGAAGAGAAAUGUGUUAGUUGAAAGUGCCAGGCUGGCAAGAGGAAACAUUCAGGAUUUGGCUGAACUGAAAGUGAGUGAAUUUGAUGCAGUCAUUUUCCCUGGUGGUUUUGGUGUAGCAAAGAACCUGUGUUCCUGGGCUGUAGAUGGGAAGAACUGUACUGUCAAUGAGCAUGUGAAAUCCACACUCCAAGCUUUCCACAGUGCUAAAAAGCCCAUUGGUUUGUGCUGUAUAUCUCCAGUCCUGGCAGCUAAAGUCUUUCCUGGCUGUGAGGUCACAGUCGGCCAGGACAAAAAUGUAGAUGGAAGAUUUCCUGAUGCUGAAACAGCAUCUGCUAUAGCAGAGCUCGGAUGCAAGCACGUUUGCAAAAAUGUAAAUGAAUCCCAUGUGGAUAAAGCUAAUAAAAUAGUUACUACCUGUGCUUUCAUGUGCAAGGCUCCUCUGCAUGAAAUCUUUGAUGGAAUUGGAACAAUGGUACAAGAAGUCCUGAAACUUGCCUGACUGGAAGCAUACAGACUAAUAAAAUAAUGCAACUAUCAAACUUCA